AGAGUGCAAGUAGGCAGAAAGCUGAUAGGUGCUUUCCAUUUACAUCAAAGCUCAAAUAAUUCUCACUUGUGACGUCAUAACUCAGUUGAAUGCACGUUCUUUUUGAUGCUGGCAAGUGAGAUUCAACUGAGUUUUUACGUGAUUUUUACUCACAAUCGAGACCGUGUGCUUUAGUGAGUCUAAUAGACUCAUUAAAAGUGAGGUUAUGAACCUGUAUUGUUAUGCGAUAGCUUUGUUACCAUAGUAAGCAGCGAUUUUUAAUUCGCCUGAUGAACGUGAAAUAAUUAAGCGAUCGACAGGAAAUUAAAUGUGUCAUACAAGACAUUUCACAUAUUAGCCAUCAAUAGUGUGUAAUGCUGAUUAACAAUGAUUGAAUUUCAUGAUAAAGAUAAUUGAGGCGUCUACGGUUGACAUUGUGUAAAAUUCAGUGUGUGAGGAUGGGUGCAGGAAAGAGUCAGUUUACUGAAGAGGAGUUGCAGGACUAUCAAGAUUUAACAUACUUUACAAAAAAGGAAGUCUUAUAUGCACAUCAGCAAUUUAAGGCACUUGCACCAGAAAAAGUUGGACAUAAUAGAAAUGCAAAACUCCCAAUGUCUAAAAUUUUGCAAUAUCCCGAAUUGAAAGUAAAUCCUUUUGGAGAUAGAAUCUGUAAGGUCUUCAGUUCUAGUCAAGAUGGCGAUUGUACCUUUGAAGAUUUCUUAGACAUGAUGUCUGUAUUUAGUGAUGCUGCUCCAAAAGCAGUGAAAGCUGAACAUGCAUUUAGGAUAUUUGAUUUUGAUGGCGAUGACAUGCUUGGCGUAGGAGAUCUGAGACAAGUGAUAGAUAGAUUAACUGCGCCUCAAAGAUUGAACGACAAUGACAUGCAGCAACUUCUUCAAUACAUUCUCGACGAAGCUGAUUUAGAUGAUGAUGGUGCUCUGAGCUUUGCAGAAUUUGAACAUAUUAUAGAGAAGAGUAGCGAUUUUUCCAAGAGUUUUCGUAUUCGUUUAUAAAAAUAUGCUUAACAAGUAUUGUUAAAACAAGGUAUCUUAAUCAGUAAAAGACUGAAUAUAUUGAUCAAUAAUAAUUGUGACAAUGUAGACAUAUAUAGACAUAUAUAGGCCUGAUAUGUACUCUAGGAAAAAAAAAACAUGACAUUAACAUUUGUAAAAUGUGUCAAGGCUCUAUAAUUAGGCCUAAACCGAACAAUAAUAAUUUUUUUAAAUUUUUUAUUAAGUUUAUUUAUUUAAAAUUAUAUAAUAGCAAGAACAAACAUAACUAUACAAAUAUAGUGAUUGAAUUAAAACUGCUAUACACUAUACAGUAAUCUUAUUAAUACACAUAUAAUACUUUCAUGAAUGAAGAGGCACACACACAAAUCUUGAUUAGUAAAUAAUCCUCUUCACACAAUUUAUUUUUUGUAUCUCUUAUGUAACAAACAAAAAUGAAUAUAUAAUUAAAUCAACAUUA